AUGUCGGAUGCAAAGGCUCGUACAUAUGUAUGUUCCAUUGAGAGAUUUGAUUUCAUUCUCCCUCUAGUUGUCUGCGAGCAUGUUUUACAAAUACUAGCACCCCUGUCAGAAUUGCUUCAGGCCAAGGACUCUGAUCUUAUUGAGGCAAUGAAGGAGACAAAGGCAGUCUAUGCAGUCAUUCAAAACGAGCGUAAUGACGACAUGGUGUGGGAUGCCUUGUAUGCAUCGGCUGUGGACUUUGCUGCUACAAUUGAUGUAGAACCUUCAUCUCCUAGAUGUGCUCAUCGUCAAACACUUCGUGCUAACACUCCUGCAAACUCGAUAGAUGUUUAUUGGAAAAGAUCUGUCUUCUUUCCUUUUUAUGACCAUGUAUUGCAGGAGCUUGAUGAUCGUCUUCUUGGAUGCAGCGAGAGGUUCAUAGCUCAGUACCUUAUACCUUCCAACCUUGGACAGCUCACUGACAACAGAGUUAAUGCCCUGUAUGAAGCUUUUAAAGCUGACAUACCCGUUUCAAUGGCUGUAUUUCACACAGAGGUAAAGAGGUGGAUCACAAGAUGGUCAUUAGAAGAUGAAGAAAACAUGCCUUCAUCUCUGCAAGAUACACUCCAUUCGGUAAAUCCUGAUCUUUAUCCAAAUAUAUUCACAGUAUUGUCUGUAUUAAUUUCCAUGCCUGUUUCUACGGCUUCAGCAGAACGCUCUUUUAGCGUAAUGAGACGCGUAAAAAGUUACAUGCGAUCAACUAUGUCCACAGAGCGAUUAUCAGCGUUAGCUAUGCUUCAUGCCCACAAGGACAUGCCUGUUGACUACGAGGCUGUUGUGAAGGAAUUUGCUCAGGGCAAAAGCAGACGCCUUGUCUUUUUGUUUAACAAUAAAGAAAGUCAGUAA